GAAGGUUGUGUGAAGUCUAUAUUUAAGGAGCCCCCUCUACCGAAGCUGCAGUUGACUCAAGCAGGCAGAACUGUUUACGAACCAUGAAUAAGUAUCUUGUGCUUCUCACAAUGUGCUUAGCGGCGUCGAGCACCGCGGCUCACAAACUACCUGACUACAUCAAGAAAUGUUCCCUGAAGGACCCAGAAUUCAAUGCGUGCGCCUUGAAGAGUGCCAGAGCUGCAAUUCCACACCUCGUUAAAGGAGCAAAGAAGCACAACAUCCCACUCUUGGAUCCACUGAUUGUGAAGGAGGUUCGGGCAGUCGAAAGUUAUCUGACCAUGGCGGCAAUAGAUGUGAAAAUGCAAGGGUUAAAGGACGCAGUUCUGCAAAACAUAAGUUUCGACUUCGACAAACAAAAUAUCACGGCAGAAGUCCUAGUCCCAGAGGCACAUUUCACUGGCAAUUAUGAACUGGAUGGCAGGCUAGUGGCUCUCCCGAUAACUGGCAAGGGACCCCUCGACGCCACGCUUUAUGACCUCUACGUCAAGUAUACAACUGGUUAUAGCUUUACGAAGAUGGAUGGCGGCGAAGUGUAUCUUGUUCCUACUGACUAUAUAUAUAGCCAACCCAAAAAUUUGAAAGCUAAAUUGGGAAAUCUGUUUAACGGAAACAAAUUACUAGGAGACAGCAUGAACGCGUUUAUCAACGAAAACUGGCAAGCCGUGCUGAAAGAAGUUGGGCAGCCUACCUACGACGCCCUAGGUCUCAUCGUGCACACCAUACUCAGUGCAGCCGCAAAAACGGUGCCCUACAAGGAUAUAUUCGACGACACAGAAUGAAGACAUCCACGUCUGGUUAAAAAGAAGUGAUAUAGUGUACGGCAGCAAGACGGAACGGGAGAAGUACCCUUCGACGUAAAUUAAGAUAACACAAAGAUAUUUAACUCGAUUUACAGCAGCUGCACUUUAGCCAUUAUGUACUAUCGAUAGGGACUUUAUAGUUAGGACGUAGGGUUACUCUACUGGGCUUGCCACUAACAUAAACGAAGGGGAAGGGGAAAAAAAGGAUUAAUAACAACUUUGUAAAAAAUCGAAAUUUGAAAAAAUUAUCAUCAUUCGCAUGUGGAUUCAACCCCAAAGGUACCGCCACACUACCGUUCUUUCAUGCAACACGAAGAGCAUUUUUCGUUUUACAAAUUUUUACUGCGCGACUAUGCUUGCAUUACUGAAUCUUCAAGAAACACGUGUUACAUCUCUACAAAGAAAUUCAGUAAUUGCUGACCCAUGAUUGACGUUAAAAGAUCAAGUGUCGUAAGGAAUAUUUUUGUUUCGGGUCUUACGUUUUCCACAACUAAAUAUCACCACAGUUAUGUAACGUUAAAUUUUAUCACAGAACACUUUCAUGGCUUCCAUUACCGAAUAAUUAACAUCAAAUAUGAACAGAACAGUCUUGACUAUUAGCCUGAAGCUUGCCAGAUGUUAUCUAGGGCUCUUGUCAAGCUUAGAACAUUCAGUUGAAGUCACUUAAAAUCAAUCUUCUCAGCUAUCUCACUUUUCCCGUUUGUCUUCUGUGAAGUACCACUGAAUAUAUGUCACAACUUAGUACAGUUAAGCGGCAACAGUUUUCAGCAAACCACUAAGCAUUCUGAACGGACAUGAUUUGGAAUUUGGCGUAUUAUAACCGGCGCAAUUAUUUCUGUCCAAUUAAUUUGUAUCCAAAUUGAUGAACUAGUUACUCUAAGGCUUCAUAUGAUGUUUUCUGUUUACUAACAUGAAUAAUUAUACCACACUAUAAUUACGGAGUUUGCAAGAUCACGUCACUUUUCCCUAUCCUGAGCCAGAUUAUUCCAGGCAGCCGACAUCUUCAUAUCGUAUUCCUUUGAAGUCUAUUUCUAAAUUAAACUCAUCUACGCCCACGCUCCAAGUGAUCUCUUCAGAAUGUGUGAUAACAUACUUUCCUGAACACUGUUCUAAGGAGAACACGCUUCACAAAUACACAUAUAUGCAUACAUCGUUCGUAUAUAUACGUACAUACAUACGUACUUGCAUACGCACGUACUUGAGCACGUGAACACAUACAUCCAUACACACACACACACAGACAGAGAGAGACACAUACACACACAAAUACACACGUAGGGGAGCCCAGGGCAGAACGGGGCCACGGGGCAGAACAAGGUAUCGGCCUUGUUUCGUCUGAAAUGCUUUGCGAUUUAUCGGAACCGGGUGAAAUACCAUUAGCAUACAGCACAGGGUCAUGUCAUGUCAGUCAGCUAUAUUUUGUGGUUACAGUAUCGUAAAUUAUCACCUAAGCUGGAUUUUUCUCCUACAUUUUAGAAUUUUUUCUCAAAUUCCAGUGAAUAUAAAACCUAUUCAUUAUAUAUAUCCAAUUUGUUGAAUGAUGCAUGUUA